AUGGAUAUAAUGACCUAUUUGGGAUAUUUGAAACCGCGUUAUCUCACGGCAGAUCAGAAAUUGCUGUAUACAUUAUACACAUUUUUCGUGACGAUCGGUUUGUGCAUCCUCGAUCUUCUGACAGGCAUCAACCAGGUGUUCAUCGAGAGUGACAUCGAGAAGGUUACCAACAUCCUCUUCGUUUUUCUCGCUAAGGUGAUACUGCUCAUCAAACUGUUUCCAAUCCAGAGAAGCCAAAACAAGAUACUGGACAUCAUACACGUAAAUCGACCAGAGUUCUUUCCCGAUGACGAUGAACAGAAAAAGAUUUUCCUCAAAGCGGUCAUGUUCCAGAGGCGGGUUACCAUACUAUUUCACUUGAUGGGUAUCGUGGCAACUUUAACCAUGUGCUUCUUCCCCUUCAUUGAUCCGGGAAUGUCAGGAAAACUUCCUUUUUCUUCCUGGUAUCCCUUUGAAGUUGAAGCGGCGCCAAGGUACCAAAUUAUAUACACGUAUCAGACUGUUUGUCUCCUGUUUAUGUCUCUGGCAGACGUAGCUACAGAUAUGCUGAUAUCGGGGCUUCUGAUGGUAGCUUCUAAUCAGUUGGAGAUACUGAGGUAUCAAAUCGUCAACAUUAAAACAGUAGCUGUUGAGAAUUUCGAUAAAGGAACAUUCAAAGACUUCGAUGAAGCUAUGAUGAAGGGAUUGGUGUCGUGUAUUCGACAUUAUAACUGUAUUUUGAAAUUUGCAGAUGAAGUCAACGAAAUAUUCAGUGGACCACUUUUCUUUCUUUUCUUUCUUGGCGUGGGAGCUACUGGUCUUACUCUGUUCCAAUUCAUCCUGACACCGAUUUUAACUGUGGAGUUUUUUUCGAUAGCCAUAUAUCAGGCAUGUGUUCUUCUUGAGGUAUUUUUGUACUGCUUCUAUGGAAAUUCCAUAAUGGUUCAGAGCGACGCUAUAACCAACGCUAUAUAUCAGUGCGGUUGGGAAGAUGGCUCUCUUCAGUUCAAGAAGGAUGUCAAUAGAUUCAUGAUAAGGACGCAGAAGCCGUACUGCAUGUAUGCUGGAAAUUUCUUUCUGAUGUCCCUGCCAAAUUUCAUCCUUAUUCUCAAAUGGUCAUGGUCAUACUUCACACUCCUGCAUCGAAUACAUGAGAAAGGAGAAUGAGUUGCUGCUCAAUCAAAUGUUAAGUUUGUCAAUGAUUUCAUCGAUUGACUGGAGGAAAAAAUCUGUCGGCAUUAUUGCAACUUUAUUUCUAGAUUAUUU